AUGGCCCUGAGCUCCCUCGGACUCCAUCUGCUGGCGGUGGCCUCCACUCCACUGCUGGCGCCGGUGUGUGCGGAGGAGUCUCAGGCGCUCGAGUACCUCGGCACCGGCUACAACAUCAUCAUCGGGGACCCUCACACGGUGCGUGACAGAGACCCCGGGUGGCAACGGGACAUCAUCUCGCGCAGCUACCUGAAAGAAGAGUGGGUCAAGUCUGAUGGGAGGUGCUCGUACGAUGCGAGCAACUUCCAGAUCACCGGCGCCAAGAGUGCACAGAAGUCCAUGAAGAGCGAGUGGAACACUAAAACAAGCGUCGGCCUCUUCAAGAUCAUCCAGGCGUCGUUCACAGCCAGCUCUUCCGUGCAGGAGAUGGACAAACCAAGCCGGAGCUAUGGCUUCACCUACUUCGAGACGCGGGCUGAGUGCCACUUGAAGACCGCUACGCUCCCGGCGCCCUCUGUCAAGUACGACUUCACCUCCGACUUUGAGGCAGCUGUGAAGGCCAUCCCAACCGAUGCAUCGACGCAGUGGGUCAUCGACAAUUUCAUUGGGUACUUUGGCACUCAUUACACGGACACAAUCUGCUCCGGCGGGCUUAUGGGCAAAAGAUCUUGGAUGAGCAAGCAGAGCUUCGAUUCUCUUUGGCUUCAGUCUGGACAUUGCCACACCACCAACGACGAUGCCACGACAGCUUUCCAGGAAGCGAUACAGUCGGGCGGAAGCUCGAGCUUCUGUAUUGGCUGCAGCACCUUCGUGCCGGGCGACGCGGAGAAGUGGGGUGAUCAGGUGAAGGAUAACUUGGAGCCCAUUGGCUCCUCCAGCAACCUUCUGGUGGCCAUCAGCGAACUGCUCAUUCCGAUCCAUUUCCCGAACGCCGACGCGCAGGUCCUGAAGCUCCAGAAAGCCACGGUGGAGCGCGCCCUCGAGGCGCUCUGCACCGCCUAUAAGAAGGAAGGCUGCACCACGAACCCCAAGGACCGGCUCGACAUCCCACCGCGGACCAUCCUGGAGGGCUCCUGGGUAGAAUCCGUGCAGUGGUCUCCCGAUGGAGGGACCCUGGCCUCCGGCACCGGCGAUCAAUUGGUGCGUUUGUGGGAUGCCGUCACCGGCCGGUUGUUGCGGAGCCUCCCCGGCCACACCGACCUGGUGUAUUCGGUGGCCUACAGCCCGGAUGGCACCCACAUCCUUUCAGGAAGUAAUGACAAGACCAUCAGGGUCUGGGAUGCCGUGAAUGGCACGUGCUUGCAGACCCUCACCGGCCACAACGAUUCGGUGAAUUCGGUGGGCUACAGCCCGGAUGGCACCCACAUCCUUUCAGGAAGUUACGACGAGACCGUCAAGGUCUGGGACGCCGUGACCGGCACGUGCUUGCAGACCCUCACCGGCCACACCGACCCGGUGAAAUCGGUGGCCUACAGCCCGGAUGGCACCCACAUCCUUUCAGGAAGUAAUGACAAGACCAUCAGGGUGUGGGACGCCGUGACCGGCAAGUGCUUGCAAACCCUCACCGGCCACACCAAUGCGGUGAAAUCGGUGGCCUACAGCCCGGAUGGCACCCACAUCCUUUCAGGAAGUUGGGACCAGACCCUCAAAAUUUGGGAUGCCGUGACCGGCAACUGCUUGCAGACCCUCACCGGCCACACCUAUUUGGUGACGUCGGUGGGCUACAGCCCGGAUGGCACCCACAUCCUCUCAGGAAGUGGGGACGAGACCAUCAAGGUCUGGGACGCCGUGAGCGGCAUCUGCUUGCAGACCCUCACCGGCCACACCUAUUUGGUGACGUCGGUGGGCUACAGCCCGGACGGCGCCCACAUCCUUUCAGGAAGUGAGGACAAGACCAUCAGGGUGUGGGACGCGCCAGCAAAGCUUCUCCAGACCUUCGUCUGA